AUUGGCAUGUACAUAGAGUCUUUGUAGUUAAUCAUCUAAGCAUAAACUGGUAUGGACCGCACAGGAGCUUAGCACUGGGAGAAAAGCCUAGUUUUCCUGCUGCUUUAUUUUUUAAGGUUUAAUACUUUACAAGGGCAAAUGUUAAAGAAAUUAUGAAGGAUUCUGAAAAUGAGAAAAUCCCAUCACAGAAUUAGAGCCAGACAGCAGCUUGUUUAGCCAUCUUCAUUGUUGCAUCUGUGACUUCCCUACAGGAAGAUAACAGUAAGGGGGAGGAGCAGGCAAGCUGCUAGGGCUACUGCUACUUACACAUCAGUUUAUCAUGGAGAGAAAAUCAACUGAUUGCUUCAGAUAAGGAAAGUUAAAAGAACUGAAAAGGCACUUCAGAAGAGAGGCAUACUGCAAUAACAGGCACAACUGCCUCCCACUUGCCAUGUGAUACUUCACAGAACUGCUGGAAGCAAAAAAGCCCAUCUUACUGAGUUUGUGACUGGGAAAAUCUGAAAGUCAGAACUAAUGCACAGCACUUGAUAUUUGGCAUUUCAGUGAAGAAUAGCACUGGAUACAAUCAGGACUGAAGUGCUGCAAAUCCCUGGGAGCUGCACUUGAAUACUGUGUACUGCUGACUGCCUGCAGACCAGAGGCAUGUGGCUGGUUCAUUUUUUCUGUAUCAGCUGUAGUCUUGCCCUGGAUGCAGGGUCUAGUUCCCUGAGGAAGAGCACUGAUAACAUCAGCAAGAAACACUACCAAGUACAGCAUGGACCCUGCAGCUAUACAUUUUUGCUCCCUGAGAUUGACAACUGCCGCUUCUCAUCAACUUCUUAUGCAAAUAAUGCUGUACAGAAGGAUGCCCCUGUAGGCUCUGAGGAUUCAAUGCAAAGGCUGCAAGAACUUGAGAACAUCAUGGAAAAUAAUACACAAUGGCUGAUGAAGCUAGAGGGGUAUAUCCAGGAUAGUAUGAAGAAAAUGAUAGCAAAAGUGCAACAAAAUGCAGUGCAGAAUCAAACUGCUGUGAUGAUUGAAAUAGGAACUAGUCUCCUAACUCAAACAGCUGAGCAAACACGCAAAUUAACAGAAGUACAGGUACUGAAUCAGACAUCAAGACUUGAAAUUCAGCUCCUCGAAAAUUCCCUUUCUACUAACAAAUUAGAAAAGCAAAUCCUGCUUCAAACUACUGAGAUUUCUACAUUACAACAGAAAAACUGCCUCCUUGAAAAAAAGGUGAUGGAAAUGGAAGAUAAGCACAAGUCAGAACUGGAUUCACUAAAAGAAGAAAAAGUAAAUCUGCAAGAAGUCAUCUCACGACAAAACCCUAUUAUUGAGGACUUGGAGAAACAACUAAUGACUGCUACUGUAAACAACUCAGCCUUGCAGAAGCAGCAAAUUAAACUAAUGGAAACUGUUAACAACUUGCUGACUAAGGUGGCUGAUUGGGAAUCUAAAAGUCUUUUCAUGGCUGAAGAAGAAGAAGAACAAAUCCAUUUCAAAGACUGUGCUGAUGUGUACAAGUCGGGUCUGACAACAAGUGGGAUCUAUGUACUUACAGUGCUCAACAGUACAGAACAAGUAAGGGCCUUCUGUGACAUGGAGACAGCUGGUGGUGGAUGGACAGUUAUACAGCGUCGUCAAGAUGGUAGUCUGGACUUCCAACGUACUUGGAAAGAAUACAAGAUGGGUUUUGGUGAUCCUGCAAAGGAAUACUGGUUAGGAAAUGAAAUAGUUUCUAAGCUUACAAAUUAUCAAACAUACUCUCUCCGAAUUGCUCUGAAGGACUGGGAAGGCAAUGAGGCAUAUUCACAAUAUGAUGAUUUCCAUCUUGGAAAUGAAAUAGAAAACUACAGGAUCAGUCUAAAAGGCUAUGGAGGCACAGCAGGCAAAGUUAGCAGCCUAAGUCAGCCGGGAAAUGAAUUCAGCACUAAGGAUGCAGACAAUGACAAAUGCAUUUGCAAAUGUGCACAUCUGGCAACAGGAGGUUGGUGGUUUGAUGCAUGUGGCCCAUCUAAUCUGAAUGGAGUGCACUAUCCUUUAGGAGAGAACACAAACAAAUUUAAUGGAAUCAAAUGGUACUACUGGAAAGGUUCAAGCUACUCCCUAAAAGCUACAACUAUGAUGAUUCGACCUGCAAAUUUCUGAAUGUCUCAUUAUUAGUGGACACUGUGUACCCUUAAAUCAGUUUGGGUGAUUUAACUUUUGUCAGUGUUUAUAAUUCAAAGCAAGGAGUCUAUCUGCCACACAUGUGCCACACCUGACAGACAGAACAGCAUUUUAAAACAAGUGCUUCAGAUUCCUGAUAAUUUUUUCAGGAUGCCACUCUAUACAAAAUGUUAAAGCAAUAAAAUCUGAAAGACUUUAAAUUACCACAUUCUGUAAGUAUGGCACAUAAUCCUGCUCUGUACAAUGAGAAGUGCAUGUCUUUCUAGCUGUAGAUAAAAUGUAAUUAUAUUUUUAUUUUUGUAAUACAAACGUGGUAAGAAUUAAUUGCAAGUCAGAAUAUACAUAUAACUCAAGAGCUUUAUAAACAAAAUCCUCUUCUACGUGCUCUGCUUCCUUCUUAUUCAUAACUGGAACUAUAAAUUAUGUGUUAAAUACUUUUACAUGCCAGAUUUUCUUGUACAGCAAAUGGAAAAUGCCAUUUUAAAAUCUCACAAAACAUUCUUCUGUAGGUGAACAGCAUAAUGUUGAAUGUAGUACACAAUGAGCACUAUCACUAUCAUAUUUUACAUUUUUGGCUUGUUAUAGUGCUACUGUUAUGUUUUCAUACAGAAUUAACACACCAUACUAGUAAUGGAGAAGUGCUGUUUGUGUGAUAAUGAAAACAACAAGACAUGCAACUGUACCAAUACAAGGAUGCAAGGCCUAAACAAUAUGGCCUACAUGGACUGACAAAAUGUCCUGUCACUAUACUCAGUAUCCUAAGGACUGCUAAAAACUGACCUGCGUAUUGCAUACAAGGCCACCACCAACCCAGUACCGAUGAACUGAUUACACAUCAGCAGUCAAGUGGCAUCAGAAAUACCCAGUCUAGGGAUCUAGACCUCUUCUGCAACAUCAACAGAAUGGUAUGGAAUGGAUAAGAAUAUCUCACAAAGGAUACUGCUGCCCUGGAACAGACCUUCAUUCCACAUAAAGCAAAGUUCAUCCCUAUCCGUACUCAACUGCAACUUAGAUCUAUGGAUGGGAAACAGAAAAUUGACCCCAGGACUGCUUCCUGUACUACUAAUGGACAGAGGGAGCUCCUUAAAGCUUUAUCCCAUGCAUGUGUCUCUUCAAAUUAUUCAUGGCACGAUUCCAGUUAUUCUCACUAGCAGUAAUAUACAAUUAUCGACCAUGGGAUGGUUAAGACCAAUCUAACACAAAAUGGGAUAGGUUAAGUCACACUCCAAGAGGGAAAUUGGCCAGUCUUAAAAUGGACCAAAAGGGCAGCUAGUACUUACCUGUGACACUAUGAUAAGAAUCAUGGCAAACAUAAGCAGCAUUAGGACCACUUGGCCAAAAUCUUGCAUCAAUUAUUCAGUUGAACGAUUAUAAUUCUAAAAUCAGUUCAGCCAAUGACAAGAGAUGAACCCUCCUCUUUCCACCAUUUUUCCAUUGCUAGAUCACAAUGUGCAAAGUUGUUUUUAUAUUUGGGGAAACUGCUAAACAGAAGUUGGCAGCUGCAGAAUGCACUGUAAACAAUUGCAAUUUAAGUUUAUUUUCUCCUUUAUGUUAAGUAUUUGUAUUUUUUGCAUGCUUGCUGCAUUCAAGCCAGUGCUUCCAAGAUGUUGUGUUAUCAGGGUGCUUACGUUGAUGAUGCGAUUAGUGAAAAAUAAGGCCUGUGGUGAUGAUGAGGAAGCAAAGCCGUUAACUCCAAGCUGAGUUACCCCAUGACUGGAAUAGAUAAUUCUCUUACCCCACAAGGUCAUAUAGACAAUUUCAUAUUCUCUCUCUCUCUGUCCUCAGCCAGUCCCAUCCACGUGUUUUUUUACAGCCAAAUUUGUUUUGUUGCAAGAAAUAAAUGCUUAUGUAUCUAACGCAAAACUGAAUGACAUUUUUCAGAAAAUGUUUGGGUAUUCUAAAGCAGCAAGUUAUACUUAUUUCAUACUAAGUGGAAGUGAAUUUUGAACACAGUUGCUGUAUAUUCACAUUUAUCUGAAUGCUCUGGGGUAAUGAAAAUGUUCAGGUAAAGACGUUUUUAUUCCAA